UUUUUCCUGAAGUCUCCUGGAUAGCUUGAAGGGGAGAAAUCUUCCUACAAUAACAAACUAGUUCUAGAUAGGCCUUGUCUUAGACUUAGAAACAACGGAAACUUACUUCUAGUCUUGAAUUGUGAAAGAGUAGUCUGUAUACAGCUGUCUAAAGUUCCUAUUUCUUAAAUUGUAAUAUGCAGAUGCAGGCAAACAUCAGCAUAGACAGAAAGCUUUGUAUACAAUAUUGAAUUGCCAUCCCAGCAGCAUUAAGUUAUACUUCAGUUUAUAGCUGAUUUAUCUUGCCUGUGUAUGCAGAGAAGAAUGAAGGCAAAUAAAAGGUUACUCAAACACAUAACAAAAUGUAGUUGUAUGUAGUUCCCUAAGGUAGCUUUAGAAAAGCUUAUUUCUGAGUAUCAAGCACUUUAGUCUCUCCUUUGAAAAGCUUAUGAACAAUUUGAAGAUUCUUUAAGCUUAAGUGCUCUGUUCUUUAAAGUAAAACUCUGGAAUAAUGCUUAUUUGUUAAACUUUCUGUUCUCCUCAGUCUGGAAGCAUAAGCAAAGAUGUUCUGCAGUAUAGUGUUUUCAGUGUUGCAAUAUCUGGACUUGAAAAAUCAGAAGUGUGGGUGCUCUGUCUUUCCUUAAAUACCCUCCAAAACCAUUUAUUUUUUUGUGAUGUUGAGUCAUCAGGCAGAGGGUGGGUUCCUGUUUUCAAUGAGAUGUUCUUUAGGGAGAGAUUUGUGAAUGGAGAAAGGAAUGUCUUCAUAAUUCUGCUGUGUCCACUUUGGCCUCAAAAAAUGCUAGUUCUGCAUAACGCACUCCACAGUUUCAUUGUUUUAAGAAAGUUCACUGCCACCAGAAUUUAUUUUCUUUGAGACUGUGGUGUGAGGUGAAUUCUUUCAUUUGAAGAACAGCAUAGUUUGUAAUUAAUUUGUGCAAUUGUUUUGGCUACUGUAACAUGGAAGGGUAGAGCAGGAAGGGUGUGCUCCUGGAAUCUUGGAUACAGAGCAAAAGCGAAGUGGAAUUUACAGUUCCUUCUUUGGUCAGUAAUUGUUACAUUUUCAUAUUACGUGGCAUCUUUAUAUUCUAAAUCUAGCAGGGAAGAUACACUAAUCACUCACAGUACAAAAAUCUACAUGUUAAAUUCAGUUCCCAUUAACUGGGCUCACUGCUCAUGAUGAGGCCAACGCAACAAAGAUUUUUGGCACUACCGUCGUGUUUUUCAGACACACGGUGACAGUUACAAAAUCAUCUUAAUCUUUUCCUAUUUAAAAUUAAUAAUCAUUUUAGUUAGUUUGCUUAUUUUAAUCUAGUACAUCCUCUAAGCCCCAUGAACCUUCUGUACAGCUAGUGGGGAGCACGUUCCCUAGGGAUUGGGUUGGUGGCAGUUGGUGCUAGCUGACGGCGUCUCGUCGCUCACCCAAGCUGUCAGUGUGGAGCUCUGCUGUCCUCUCGUAAACUGUGAAGAUUGUGACAGCGUGGCUGCGGUCAGGAUCGGUGCUGUUGAUGCAACCAUGUGAUACUUAAUGGCAGUUCAGAAAUCCAUUUCACAAUUUAAAUUUGAACUCCUUUAUAUCGUGCUGGAAAUGCAUGCUCUGCUUCUUGAAAGCCUUCUUAGUUUCUCUUCAGCUGUAUUUCUUCUGCUCGGUUUUCAUGCCCGGACUUUGAACGGAGGCAGCACUGAGGGGAGCGUUUUCUCUUUUCCUCAUCUCUAUUCGCUUCCAGCUUUCUGCCCUGGACAAGGACCAGUCCUGGAGUUUGAGCGAGUGCCAGAGAACCGACCCACAUACUAAUUUGUGCGUUCCUUGUACUUCCCACCGACGUUACUCCGUUUUUUUUGAGGAAGCGUUAAGAACUAAAACACGUUAAAUGCGUAACGUUGCAGUUCUGUGCUACACCUACGACUUUCCCCCCGCCACGGAGGUUGUCGCCUCACACUUUCACAACAGGUUACGUGAUACCGGGACAACUUCAGCCCUAAGGGCGUUUCUCUUUAAGUCACCUCACCCACCCGGGACUGCAGCGCCCGCGGACGAGCAGAGCACGCCCCGCCUCACAGCCGCACGCCCCGCCCUGCCGCCCUCAGCCGGGCUCAGCGCGCAGGCGCAGCGCGGCCCCAGCGCUCACGGCCGGAAGCGCGGCCUCUGCUUCCGUGCCGAGGGCCGGCGCCGGCGGAGGCGGGAACGCUCGAGUGGGGUCGGGCCGCCAUGGACAGAAACAGUUUUGGAGAUGUACUGUCACCCCUCAGUAUAGAGACAGCCAAGCCUGGCCGAAAACCAAGCUCUCAGAAAAGAGUUUCCAUUCUUUCAUCUCUGGAUGACAGUAUUGGAAAUAUGACACCCAGAGGCCAGAUGAUUCCCCGAACUUCCAGUACGUUGUUUCGCCAGCCAUUUACUGCACUAUCUCGAAGCUCUCUGAAGCAGACAGACACAUCUACCAUACUGGGAGCAGCAGGGAAAUCUCCUCUGAUUCUGCAGAAUUCUGGUCUGCUUGGCAAUCAGUCAAUGUUGGAUGAAAGUAACUGGACAGCAAUGCUCUCACCUCAGCAAACAGGAAUGUUUACAAAUCUAGACAUGACAGAAGAUGUCACCAUGAGUGCUGUACUGUUACGUGAGGAUGAUCCUGGGGAAGCUGCUACUAUGAGCAUGUACUCAGAUUUUCUGCAUUCCUUCCUGAAACAUACAUCAACUACCAUUUUCGAUCUUGUGGAUGAGUAUGAAAGUAUAUGUAAUAGUCAGGUGAACAUACUGGGGAAGAUAGUUUACAGAGCAACUCCUGGACAGCAGAAGUUCUCAAAAACUGCCAGUGUCUUGUGGCUUCUCAAGCAGGAGAUGGUAACGUGGAGACUGUUGUCCUCACUGUAUAGGGACAGAAUACAGUCUGCACUGGAAGAUGAAACUGCCUUUGAUAUCACAGUUUUAAACACAAGUGAAAAGACGAAUGUAGACAACUUGUUUCAGAAAGAUGCACUUGUUCGACAAAGCCAGCUGGUGGUAGAUUGGCUAGAGAGCAUUGCCAAGGAUGAAAUUGGGAACUUCUCUGAUAAUAUUGAGUUUUAUGCAAAAUCUGUAUAUUGGGAGAAUACGCUACAUAUCUUGAAGCAGCGACAGUUAAGUACAUACAUUGGAAGUUCUCGACCUCUGGUAACAGAGUUGGAUCCAGAUGCUCCCAUAAGGCAGAAACUGCCACUUGAUGAUUUGGAUCGAGAAGAUGAUGCAAGAUUACUGAAGUAUCUCUUCACUCUUAUCAGAGCAGGGAUGACAGAUGAGGCACAACGCUUAUGCAAACGAUGUGGUCAGGCCUGGAGGGCUGCAACUUUGGAAGGAUGGAAAUUGUAUCAUGAUCCCAACAUAAGUGGAGGAGGAAAUGAGGUACAGCCUGUUGAAGGGAAUCCAUACAGAUGCAUUUGGAAAAUAUGUUGUUGGCGUAUGGCUGAAGAGGAGCAAUUUAACAGAUAUGAGAGAGCAAUCUAUGCAGCACUCAGUGGAAACCUCAAGCAGCUUCUUCCAGUCUGUGACACCUGGGAGGACACUGUUUGGGCAUAUUUCAGGGUCAUGGUGGAUACACUUGUGGAGCAGGAAAUACGAACAUCAGUAGUAACUGCAGAGGAGAAGGAAGAGCUCCCUAGAGAGUAUUUAGAAACCAACUGGACUUCAGAAAAAGUUUUUGAAGAACUUCAGGCAACAGACAAAACGAGAGUUAUAGAGGAGAAUCAAGAACACUAUCGUGUGAUUCAGAAAUUCAUUAUACUGGGAGAUGUGGAUGGUCUGAUGGAAGAAUUCAACAGAUGGCUUUCCAAAGACAGAAGUGUGCUGCCAGGGCACCUCCUUCGUUUCAUGACACAUCUUAUUCUGUUUCUCCGCACUUUGGGCCUGCAGACUAAGGAGGAAGUUUCUGUUGAAGUCCUAAAGACCUACAUUCAGCGGAUGAUAUCAGAGAAGCACACAGAUUUAAUAGCUUUUUAUGUUAGCCACCUGCCCCCAGAGCUGGCUGUUGCCCAGUAUGCUCUGUUUCUAGAAGAUGUUACUGAAAGCGAUCAACGCCACCACUGUCUUGAAUUAGCAAAAGAAGCAGGCCUGGAUGUUGCAGCCAUAACAAAAACUGUCGUUGAGAACAUCCGCAAGAAAGAUGCUGGGGAUUUCAGUCACCAUGAUCAUAUGUUGGACACAGGCACAACAGAGGCAGAUCGGCUGAAAAUAGAUGUAAUUGACUGGCUUGUAUUUGAUCCUGCACAGAGGGCUGAAGCACUCAAGCAAAGCAAUGCUAUCAUGAGGAAGUUCUUGGCAUCCAAGAAGCAUGAAGCUGCAAAAGAUGUGUUUGUGAAGAUUCCUCAAGACUCUAUAGCAGAAAUAUAUAACCAAUGGGAAGAACAGGGAAUAGAAGCCUCUCUUCCAGCUGAAGACGACAACGCUAUAAGAGAACAUUUAUGUAUACGGGCAUAUUUGGAAGCCCAUGAAAUCUUCAAUAAAUGGUUUCAACACAUGAACUCAGCUCCACAGAAGCCGCCUUUGUUGCCACAAGCAAGUUUCACUGAAAAAGUGGCCCAUGAACAUAAAGAAAAAAAAUAUGAGGUGGACUACGGUAUCUGGAAAAGUUUCUUGGAUGGUCUUACAAGUGAUGUCAAGGAGAAAAUGUACAACGUGUUGCUGUUUGUUGAUGGAGGAUGGAUGGUUGAUGUUAGAGAGGAUGCUGAGGAGGACCCCGAACGAACACAUCAGAUGAUUCUGCUGCGAAAGCUUUGUCUGCCAAUGAUGUGCUUCUUACUGCACACGGUGCUGCACAGUACUGGGCAGUACCAGGAAUGCCUGCGGCUGGCUGACAUGGUGGCAUCCGAGCGACACAAGCUCUAUACGGUAUUUUCAAAAGAAGAACUCCGAAAAUUCUUACAGAAGCUGAGGGAAUCUUCUUUGAUGCUUCUGGACCAGGAUCUCGAUCCCUUGGGAUAUGAAAUUCAGUCUUAGAAUUUCCUUUAGAUAUCUGCAAAAACUUGAAUGUGAAGUCUGGACACUUUAAUCAAAUUUAGUUUGUUGUGUAAUCCGUUCUGAUCUUUGUUCCAAGAAACACAGUUACACAGAUUUCACUUUCAAAGUGCUGACCAACAUGAGAGGAUAUUUGUUACACAAUUUGUCUCUUUUGUAACUUUUUUUCUAAUAAAUGUGCUCUACCAACAGAAAAUGUUUGUUCAUUCACAUCUAAACUGCCAAUACACGUAGAAAGGUGUUGUGUGGACUUCCUUCCUGUACGUGCUGAGGCGCUGCCUGUCGAUGGGAAGCGUUAUUCAGCAGUACAAGAAAGUGCAGGAGUGCAGUGAAAAAGGAAAGUGAGGCAGCGUGUGGAAAGCAGGGGAGGGGAACAUCCAACAAAGAGCGAAGUCAGGGCUCCCAGCAGCCCUACAGAGGAGACAGCGCUGCUGAAGGGCUCAGUUCAGUCGCUCAAAGGUUGAGGUAAUCCUGACCUGGGGAAAAAGCGUUCGUGUCCGGAAGCGAGUGCGAGGUUCUGCGUUUCGUUUAGAAAUCUCCUCGCACGUUUACAUGCGUAAAUGCGCCUAGCUUUUCCCCCAAAGGGAGAGGACAGAGGGCGCAGCUCUAACGCAGAGGGCGUGACAGCGGCAGCAGCUCCGCUAAUUCAGCGCUCGCCGCCGCCUGACGAAGGCCCACGCCCGUCAUCCGUCCCCGCCGACGACCGCACCGCCU